AUGCCGUCGUUCACUGGUGUAUCCGUUAUCACCGAUGGAAAUCUCUCCACCACCUUGGCCGUGAAUGCCGGCACUGACAGCGGGUACCACCUACUUGUGGUCAACGACUACUCACGAACCGUACAAGAGAAACCCAACGGCAAGAGCAUCAUGUCUGGGCCUUUCGUGGUAGGAGGCCAUAAAUGGUGCAUCUAUUACUGUCCUAACGGUGAGGAGUCGGGUUCUUCCGACUUCAUUUCUCUCGUCCUAAGCCGUGACGACGACGAUAUGGAAGAGGCUGUGGAGGCCAAGUUCGAUUUUAGCUUUGUUGACCAGGUUGAGUAUCAAAAUCCAAUAUACAUCCGUGCAAUUGAAACAUUCAGCUUCUCCAGCGAAUCUAGUUUUUGGGGCUCCUUCAAAUUUAUGAGAAGAGAUGCCCUUGAACGAUCGGCUUACCUGAAGGAUGAUUGUUUCACCAUCCGGUGUGACAUCAUGGUUUGCAAUGAUCUCAACACUUCCAAGGAUGCUGAUGGCGCCCUGUCUGACAUACAUAAUCAUUUUAACAAUCUCCUUCAAAAUAAGAUGGGUGCUGAUGUGACAUUUGAGGUCAGCGGUGAGACCUUCGCUGCACACCGAUGUGUGCUUGCAGCUCGAUCAAAAGUCUUCAUGGCACAACUUUUUGGCCCCAUGACGGAGGGCACUACGUCUACUGUUAUACGGAUCAAAGAUAUGGAAGCAAGAGUGUUUGCGGCUUUGCUUAGCUUCAUAUACACAGAUUCAUUUCCUGACAAAUACAACAUAGAGAAUGAAGAAAGACAAGAAGUGGAGGAACAGGUAAACGAUGUAAUGUGGCUGCAAUGGCUGCAAGAGUUGUUUGUAGCAGCAGACAGAUAUGAUAUUCAGCAGCUCAAGUUCUUAUGUGAAAAGCAUUUGUCCGAGCACAUAAGUGUGAACUCGGUGGCAUCCACUCUUUCUUUGGCUGAGCAGCACCACUGCUGCAGAUUGAAGGAGGUGUGCUUGAAUUUUAUCCAAGUCCAAUCUCGCCCAUGUUUGGAGAAAAUAAUGGCGACUGAUGGCUGGGAGUAUACCACGACCUAUCCCUCUCUUCUGAAGGAGCUCAUUGCCAAGCUUGCGUCCAAUCAGAAGAAGAACAAUAAGAGGAAGCGAUAGAGGAUAUAAUGAGGCUGUAAGACCUGAAGUAACACUGUUAUGCAUAUAUGGGAUGAGAUCCUAGGUAGAUGCUAGUCUGCAUGUCUUUUAUUUUUUCAUCAUGUCGUUUGCCUAUCUGCUGAACUAGAAAGAUCCAACAUAUUGGCAAAUAUGAAAUUCGAUGGUAAUG